AUGGAUAUUAUCAAAGGGGACGACCUGAAGCCCACACAAGACAGACACGAGGAUGCAGCCGCCAGCAUCGACGAAAAGGCCGAAAAUAAUGUCCACCAUAUCGAUCCGGCCAUCGAGAAGAGAGUUAUUAGGAAAAUAGAUCGAGCCGUGAUUCCCCUGGUCAUGGGACUUUAUCUAGUCGCAUUCCUAGACCGUUCGAACAUUGGAAAUGCCGAGACUGCCGGAAUGAGCAAGGACCUUAAAUUUGAUGAUGCUCACUAUCAGUGGUUAUUGACGAUAUUCUAUAUACCAUAUAUUGUAUUUGAAUGGGCUGCAUUGAUGUGGAAAGUUGUACCUCCGGGUCUAGCCUCGACUCUUCAGGCCGCGGCCUUCAACUGGCAAGGUCUGAUGGUCUGCCGAUUCUUCCUUGCCAUGGCCGAAGCCGGUUACGGACCCGGUGUUCCGUACCUACUCUCUUUCUUCUACAAGCGACAUGAACUAGGUUUCAGAUGCGGUAUCUUCCUCUCUGCCGCCCCUCUCGCGACAACAUUCGCCGGGGCAUUGGCAUACGGGAUCACAUCAGGUCACCCAAGCAUACCCAAUUGGAGAGUACUAUUUCUCGUGGAAGGGCUCCCUUCGAUUGUAUUGGCGGCUCUCGCCUAUUUCCGCUUACCCGAUUCUGCGGACACGGCGAGGUUCUUGGACGAAGAUGAGAAACGAGUUGCUAAGCUACGUGCUAUCCAACAGACCGGGAGUGAGGGGACAGAGCGCAUAGGUCAUAUCAAUUUCAAGGAUGUUUUCAUGUCGCUUCUGGAUGUGAAGACUUGGAUUCCGCCUCUGAUGUAUUUCAGUUGCAAUGUUUCCUUCAGUAGUCUCCCCGUCUUCCUCCCCACCAUCCUACAAAACAUGGGUUUCACCGCCAUCAACGCCCAAGGUCUCAGCGCACCCCCCUACUUCCUCUCCUUCCUAGUCUGUAUCGCAUCGACCUGGGUCGCCGACAAGACCCGCCAGCGAGGCUACAUGAUCAUCGCCCUGUCCCUCAUGGCCGGCGUCGGCUAUAUCCUGCUCCUAACCUGCAAGAGCGUCGCCGUCCGCUACUUCGGCGUAUUCCUCGCUGCCGCCGGCGUCUUCCCCGCUAUCUCCAACAUCCUGCCCUGGACGAUAAACAACCAGGGCAGCGACUCGAAGCGCGGCGCUGGCAUCGCGCUCCUGAAUAUCGUCGGUCAGUGCGGGCCGUUGCUGGGUACGCGUGUGUUCCCGUCGAAAGAUGCGCCGUAUUUCCAUAUGGGCAUGGGGCUGUGCGCCGGCUUCAUGUUCUUUAAUGCGUUGUUGGCUUUGACGCUGCGCACGUAUCUGGCCUGGGAAAACAAGAGGUUCGAGAAGGCCGAUGAGGCGGCUAGACAGGCGGGUAUUGAUCCCGAGUCCAGUGCUACUGGGGUGGAGAAUUCCGGGUAUGGGUUUAGGAACUUUUUGUAG